AUGGCCCCGCGCGCCCGGCGGCGCCGCCCGCUGCCCGCGCUGCUCACGAUCUGCGCGCUGCUCGGCCGUCUGCAGGUGACUUUUCAGAUCACCCCUCCGUGUACCCAUGAGAGGCAUUAUGAGCGUUUUGGACGAUGCUGUCAUAAAUGUGAACCAGGAAAGUACAUGUCUUCUAAAUGCACUACUACCUCGGAGAGUGUAUGCCUGCCGUGUGGCCCGGACGAGUACUUAGACACCUGGAAUGAAGAAGAUAAAUGCUUACUGCAUAAAGUCUGCGACUCAGGCAAGGCCCUGGUGGCCGUGGAGCCCGGCAACCGGACGGCCCCGCGGCGCUGCGCCUGCACGGCAGGCUACCACUGGAGCGCGGACUGUGACUGCUGUCGCCGCAACGCCGAGUGCGCCCCGGGCUUUGGCGCGCAGCACCCGGUGCAGCUCAACAAGGACACAGUGUGCGAGCCCUGCCUUGUGGGCUCCUUCUCAGAUGCCUUCUCUUCCACAGAAAAAUGCAAACUUUGGACCAACUGUAGCGUUCUCGGAGAGACGGAAGUACGUCAUGGGACCGAUAAAUCAGAUGUGGUUUGCAGUUCUUCUCUGCCGUCUACAAAGCCACCAAAUGAAUCCAAGAUAUACUUGCCCGGUUUAAUUAUUCUGCUUCUCUUCAUAUCUGUGGCAUUAGUUGCUGCUGUCAUCUUUGGUGUUUACUAUAGGAAAAAAGGGAAAGCAGUAACAGCUAAUUUGUGGCACUGGGUCAAUGAGGCUUGCGGCCGCCUAAGUGGAAAUAAGGAGUCCUCAGGCAACAAUUUUAGCAGCACUCAUAUGGAAGCCUCUAGUCAGCGUGAAAUUUGUGAAGGUGUCUUACUGCUGACUCUGGAAGAGAAGAUGUUUCCCGAAGAUAUGUGCUGUCCAGACGGCGUUGGCCUCUGUGGCGGUGUGUGCGCAGGGGGUGGUCCCUGUGCACAGGGAGAAGAUGCUGGAGUGCUCACCUUGGUCAGCGAGAUUGAGGGGGAUCCCUUCAGGCAGAUGCCCACGGAAGACGAAUACGUAGACAGGCCCUUCCAGACCCCAGACUCUUCACUGUCCCUCCCUCGGCCUGGCAGCAAAUCCACACCCCCUUUCCCUGAGCCCCUGGAGGUGGGGGAGAAUGACAGUUUAAGCCAGUGCUUCACUGGGACAGAGGGCUUGGUGGAUUCUGAAAGCUGCAAUUUCACGGAGCCCCCGUGCAGGACCGACUGGAUUCCCAUAGCCCCCGAAAAGUACUUGCAAAAAGAAGUGGAGGGUGGCAAUUGCCCCCACUGGGCCGCCAGCCCCAGCUCUGCAGAGGGCUGCGCAGGCUGCAGAAACCCUCCCGGGGAGGACCGGGAACCCCUCACGCCUACCGCGAAAAGUGGACCUUUGCCCCAGUGCGCCUAUGGCAUGGGCCCCCCGCCUGAAGAAGCAGCCGAGGGGACAGGCCAGCCCACGGACAGGGCCGACGUAAGGCUUCCCGGCUCGGUGAGGGGAGGCCCGGGGUCUGGAAGCCCCUCCAGUGACCAGCCACCUGCAUCUGGAAAUGUGACUGGAAACAGUAACUCCACGUUUAUUUCCAGCGGGCAGGUGAUGAACUUCAAGGGCGACAUCAUCGUGGUCUACGUCAGCCAGAACUCCCAGGAGGGCCCGGCGGGGCCCGGCGGCGGCGGCGCGGGGGAGCCGGUGGGCCGCCCGGUGCAGGAGGAGAGCCCGCCGCGCUGCGACUCGUUCGCGGGCCUCGGGCCGCGCUUCCCCGACCCAUGCGCUGACCUGGAGGCGCGCCCGGGCGGGGGGCUGCAGGAGUGCGGCUCCCCCGGGCCCGACAAGGCCUCGCGGCCGGUGCAGGAGCAGGGGGAGGCCGACAAGGGCGCGGCGAGGGCGCGGCGCUGAGCGGCGGGUGACUCGCGGCGGCUCUCGGCCGCCCCCUCGGAGCCGCUCUGCGGUGGGGCGGGCGCGGGGCUCGGGGCCAUCCAGCCCGGGCUCGGCGGGCACCACAGGGGCCGCGCGUUCCAACUUGGAGGCGGGGAGCCGCACGCACCUGCGCCUGGGCGGGACCGGGGCCAGGGGCGG